GCUGUGGUCAGACCACAAGCCACUAAUUCACACCCGAGCCUGCCAAGUACAGUUUGACUGAGCGAGGGAACACCUGUGGGGAUUCGGUUCUUCGUACCAAAGCAAAGGUUCGAUCCUCGGCUGGUUUGGACUCUUCUCCCUGAUGAUGGCUUGGCUCCAGCUGUGGACCAUGGGGCUCAUGGCCACGAUGGCCUUAUCCGUCUCUCUCGCCAUUGCGGAAGUCUCUGACCUUCCGGUGGCGGAAACAGAGAAACAAGGCCUCGUCGGAAUCGUGAAGAAGGAGACGCAUCCCGUCCUGUUCAGGGUGAAGAGAGCCUGGAUCUGGAACUCGCUCUAUGUGGAGGAGGAAAAACCUGCACCCAUUCCCUACAAGAUAGGACAACUGAAGUCCACCCAGAAAGUGGAGGUGAAGAGAUUUAGGAUAGAGGGUGAAGGAGCGAACACCAUCUUCACCGUGGAUCCGAAAGGAGACCUGUACGUCACCAGCCUCCUGGACCGAGAGGAGAAGAGCUCGUACCAUCUGGUGGCCAAGAUGUUUGACGGGAACAACAAGCUCAUAGAGGACACUGGAGAGUUUAUUGUCCAAGUCAAUGACAUCAACGACAACAUCCCAGUGUUCCCCAGAACGUACAAUGGGUCCAUCAUGGAGAGGUCCGCCAUAGUUCAGUUUAAGCUUCUCCAGCUGGUUUCCAUGAGCUCCAACCAGAGCCAUGGGGAGUACCCAGACUGCCGCGGGAGUGAGAGGGAGUCGGGAGGGGAGGCGUCUCUCCUGGUGUCUCCUCUGGUGGUGGCGGGGAUCGUUAUAGGUCUGGUCCUCUUCCUCUCCUGCAUCACCAUCAUCGUCGGCAGCCUGCGCAAAGACAGUCGCCUGCGCAACCCUCACCUGAGAGCUAGCUACGGACCAGAUGGUUUCUCUUACGGAGGUUCGGUGGGAGAACUGAGGUCGACCUGCUUGGAGGACUUUCCUCCUGGUUUGGACUUUGACUCGUACAGAGAGACGCUGUCGCAGGUCAACAUUUACCCGGACUCACCUCCACGCUACGACGAGUGCGUCGGCCCAGGUGUGACUCACAUCUACCUCCCCACAGAUGACCCCCCUCCUUACUCCCUGUUCGACCCCUGCCAGCGAGGGCCGGAGCAGGAGGAGCAGGAGGAGCAGGAGGAGCAGCCCGGCAGCACCAGCCCGGAUCCUUCUCCGUACUGGGGAGAGACCUCAGCCAGUGCCGGCUGGUUCUCCCCCUCCCACUACCCACUGGGACUGCAGGAGCAUCAACACGUCUCAUCCAUCUCCUUCCCCCUGGAGGCAGCGCCGCCUUAUGAGGCCGCGCUGGCCGAGCAGGGAGGCCCCCUCCCUCUCAUGCCAUGUGACCUUUCUAAACACCAGUCACACCGGGGGGACGAUGGCGCCUCCCAGCAACCGGAGGCGAGCCACAUCUUGUAG